GCGGCGGCGUGCUCGCGGUUGGGCCCGCCGCGGCCGCCGCCCUCGGGGCAGGGGGUGGAGAGAUGGCGGACGUGGUCGUCGGCAAAGAGAAGGGCGGGGAGCAGCGGCUGGUGUCGUUGCCUCUAUCCCGCAUCCGGGUCAUCAUGAAGAGCUCCCCCGAGGUGUCCAGCAUUAACCAGGAGGCGCUGGUGCUCACGGCCAAGGCCACGGAACUCUUUGUUCAGUAUCUAGCCACCUACUCCUACAAACAUGGCAGUGGAAGAGACAAGAAGGCUCUGACGUACAGUGAUCUGUCAAAUACUGCAGAGGAAUCAGAAACUUUUCAGUUUCUUGCAGAUAUAUUACCAAAGAAGAUUUUAGCUAGUAAAUACCUGAAAAUGCUUAAAGAGGAGAAGAGGGAAGAAGAUGAGGAAGAGAACGACAACAAUGAUGAAUGUGACGAUGAUGAAGCUGAAUCCUAAACGUACAGACAAAGUGCUUUACCGAUCAGCCUGGCAAGGCCUUCUGGAUGGGCAGCAUUGCUUUGAAGCAAGCACAGCUCUGUGACUUCAGUCUCUUCACACUUCAGAGUUUCCGAGGAGACGGCAUCUCCCCUGGCUCAGACAGCGUCUAAGGCAGCUCCCCCAUAAGUAGCCAACAGGAAGUAACCCCAGGGCAGCCCCUCUUUCAGGCCCACACUGCAGUUGAAGGUCACUGAGGACGAGCGGCCUACACAGUCAGGCUCUGCCAGUUGGUCUGCUACAGCUUGAAGCCGCAGAGGCAGACGACUUUGCUCAGUGUCGUAAUUUACAAAUAGACUUUGAAGAGUUUCUAAAUAUCAGCUGGGUAAAUUCAUGUGUGUAUAUUUCCAGGUUAGGUCUUGUCAACAACUAGAUCCAGUUUUAGGUAAAUAUGUGGUUUAUGGGUAGUAUGUUACAUUUGAAUUUUUGUAUUUCAGGAACAUUUUUUACUCUUUGUCCAACUAUUGCAUUUUUUUUUUAAACUGUAAAACAUUAUACUUUUCUGUUAAAAUCUGUAUAUAUUUUCACAGUACAUUGUUGUACGGAACUAGUUUUGAAGGCCUUUAUUGCUGUAGUGCUGUGCUUGCUACCUAAAACUUUGUAAGGUUUGGAAACAAAGAGUCCUAAAACUCCUAUUCCCAGAGAAAAAUCCCAAGUCAAAAUUAUCAAAUACAAAAAGAAAUAUUACCUCUGCACAAGCUUAUCGUAAGCAUAUUCUUCUUUAAAACAUGUGUUGAGUAUAUUUCUCGUUCUUCCUUUCUUUAUUCCACCACUGUCGAUACACAGAAGUUGUGUCAUCUCCCCAAAUACUCCCUCACGCUGUCCCUUUAACCCUCCCUGCCCCUUUGCAGCACUCAGCAGACAUUUUCUGUAAAGGGUCAGCUCGUCAGUGUUGGAGACUUUGUGGGCUGUAUGGUCUCUGUUGCAGCUGCUUCUCUCAGCUUUCAGGAUGAAAGCUGCCACGGACAGCUGAUAAAGGAAUGAGUGUGGCUAUGUUCCAACAAAAUUUUACUUCUGGAUACUGAAAUUUGAAUUUUGCGUAACUGUCAUGUCAUGAAAUACUUUUGAUUUUUUUCCGACCAUUAAAAAAUUUAAAAGCUAUUCUUAGCUCACAGGCCAUACAGAACCACAGUGGGCUGGAUUUGGCCUGCGGAGCCUAGCUUACCAGCCAGCCUCUGCCAUUUCCAGGAUGUCACCGCACUGGAGAUGUAGCCUUUGGGUUUGGCUUCUUUAAUACUUGGCACAAUGCAUUUGAGAUUCACGCAUGUUGCUGUGUGUGUCAGCGGUCACUCCUUCUUACUAAGUAACAGUCACUCAUGUGGAUACGCUGCUCGUUUAUUCACUCCCCAGGUAAACGGUUAAUUCCCUACUUGGGUUGUGUACAGGUUUUUGUGUGAAUAUAGGAUUUCAUUUCACUUGGGUGAAUACCUACAAACGGCCAAACUUUUCCAAGUGGCUAUACCAUUUUGCCUUCCCACUAGCACCAUACAGGGGCUCCAGUUCUUUUGUGUCCUUUGCAACACUUGGUAUGUUUCUUUUCACAUUUUAGCCACUCUGGUAGUUAGAGGCCUGGAUUCGCACUUCCCUAACGUAAUGCUGCUUCUCUCUGUACACCUUCUUUGGUGGAGUGUCACAGUCUGUAGCCCAUCUUUUUACUGGGUUGUUUUGUUGUUGAGCUUUGAGAGUUUUAUGUAUUCUGAAUACAAGUCUUGAAUCAAGAUACUUGAUUUGCACAUAUUCUAGGGUAUGGCUUGUCUUUUCAUUCUUGAACAGCAUUUUUUGAAGAGCAGAACUUCUUAACUUUGAAGAAGUCUGGUUUAUUUUUUUCUUUUGAGGAUCAUGCUUUUCAUGUAUCUAAUCCUCACCAAACCCAAGGUCACAAAGAUCUCCUGUGUAUCUUUUAAAUGCUGUGCUUGGCCUCAGUACCUAGGCCGACAGUAAUGUAAUGUUGCUUAAGAAAUCUCCGGAGAAACCCUAAUGGGCUGAAGUGUCCGCGAGCUGCCGUGAGUACUUAGCCUUCUUGUUCCUCCCUGAACCAGGUGCUGGACUACUCUGGUAGCUUCCUAACUGGUUUUCUCGCCGUCUUCAGUCUUAACCAUUGUGCAUACUGCAAUCAGAUUAUCAAAACGAUUUUAUCAAGAUUAAUCUGGUCAGAAGUGCUAAAGAUAGCUGAUAAUUCUAGUAGCCACUGGGGGCUGUUCUCUGUGCACUGUGUACAUUUUCAUCAAAUCCUCACAACUUAGAAAGUAUGUUUCUACCUUUCACAAAGGGAAUGGAGCUCCGGGUAAGGAGUGAAUGAAUGCAAGGUGCAGCGAGGAAGUGGUGAGGCUAGGAUUCAAGUCCCAGAUAGGAUUCUCCUCGUACCAUGCGGCUUAACGGGGUACAGAGCCUCCCCAUUGUCUGUGGGAUCAGUUCCUAACUUGGCAUUUGAGGCCCUCGACACUAAUCUCAGUCUCCUUUAGAUCCUGCUAUUUUCCUAAAUUCACUUUCCAUUCCUGCGGGUCUGUCCAUCCUGCGUGGAGCAUGAACAGCCACUGUACAUCCCUGUUAGGGGGCUGAAGUCCUUUCCUAACUCACGCGCUGCUUCUGAAUUCAGUUCUUUCCAACCCAAUCGUGAGCUACUUCUGACCAGUAAAUGUUAGAGAAGCAGUGAAGAGACAGCGAGGUCGUGUUAAGUAAGGGCCUACUUGCAGAUCAGUGUGAGUUUCUCUUGAUCUCACAUCACUUUCUGUACAUUUCUCCCGGUUUGACUAGCAUUCCACAGGGCCAGUGGGCCACAAAAGAUGGUUUGUGGUUUUGGAUACUAAGAAAUAAGUACAGGGCCCAGUGUUACAUCUUACCACAGUUAAAAGAAGUAUAGGGUCCCCCAGAUACAUUAAGGAAAAAAAAUCUCAAAUUUGUAAAUUUGUAAAUAUAAAAAGACUGAGGAACAAAACAUACCAGAAUGUUAAGAGUACCUAUCAGUGGUGAUCAAAGAUAAUUGGAAUUUUUUGUGUUUAUCUAAAAUUUUCACAUUUUCUGUAAUGAACAGUAUUAUUCCUAAAAUCAAAAAAUAGCUGUAAACUAGGAUAAAACCUUGGCCGGCUUUAGCAAUGAUGUGCAUCCUACUGGCUUUCAGCACUGAGCCAACCCUCCUUUCCUUCCCAACACCACGCAUUCUUUCAGCACACAGUGGGUCAGAGUGAGGCUGCCUGGACUUCAGAGCAGUGUGGGAAGGUAAACCCAGUCAGGCAGAGGGGGCCAGCCACCCAGCAGGCGAGACCCCCAGGUGUGGUCAGCUCUGAGUCCCACGCUCAACAAAAAAUGGAGCUUUCCAUGUUACCAGGUGUCAACUGCUUUAUGGGCAUCCUUUCUCCCUGGCUUUUAGACAGUCCCCCACGGUACCACAUCUGUUCUCACUCCUGUCCAGCUCAUUCCUGUGGUUUUCAUCCCCCAAACCCCAAAUUCUCCAGUGUAUGCUGAGCUCUGUUGAGUAUACAUGGAAGAGGCCCAAUGUUUGUAGAAGUGGGCCGUCGACUUCUGUCAUUGAAGGCAAGCUCCCACUUUGGAAACCUGGAAUCUUAACCUGUGCAGAAGGAAGUGCCCAAAUAAACAUGUGAGUAAUUAGAGAUCCUUGGAAGAGGCAGCUGUAAAUAUGAGGAAUUUUAUUUAUUUAUUUUUUUUGCUGACAUACUAUGAGGCAAAACAAAAUUGACAACCAUACAAAAUAACUUUAUAAAAUAUCAUUCACAUCAUAUUUUAUCCGAUUUACAGCGUUCUGUGCAUGUUAUGGGUUAUGGAAGGAGGUGAAAAAACACUAUGCCAAACCUUUAGUAUUAGUUCAUAUACACACAGUAAGAAACAAAACAAGUAACUGUUAGGGUGUCCAUGAAUUUAUUGCAAAAAUAGUGCAAACUACUUAACCUAGUAAGCUGUAAAACACCUGAAAGGACCCAGCUAAGCUUAAACACGACAGUAGAUGCUCAGUGUCUCAGCCUUUAGCUUUCUUCACCAGUUUAUCUUUUGUCAAAUCAAGGCCACUCCCCCCACCAUUCUGGUGCGGGGAGCGCUGGGCAAUGGAGAGGGGAAAAUCACCUCUUCCGAACUACCAGAUUGGUUGGGCUGCUUGCUAUCAGCAAUACCUUUAGGAUCAUGCUACUUAUUCAAGAUGGCAAUUUUGUGAGGUCUGUGUUGAAAACAAUAAGAUGCCAUUAUUCUUGCUAAAGUUUGAACUUAGGAAAUAAGUUAUCUUACCGCUUGAUGAUAUGGAAAAAGGAAUUCAGAAGCAGCAUGAACAGGAAGGAUUGGGAAAGUUGUCUGGUUAUAAACAUAGUAUCCUUUGCCUCAGGUCUACUUGGGUAGAGUUAUUCUAAUAUAGGGCAACCUUUGAACCAGAUAUUACAGCUAAGUUAAAAAAAAAAAAAAAAAAAGGAUACCAUAUUCCUACAAGAGUAACUUUAAAUUUUCUUUCAACAGUCUAUUGGGGUCCAAAGAGCAUAUACCUAAAUAAUAAAAGCAAAAAAAAAAAAAAGCUACACGUCAAAGGUAAAGAAACAAAAUGCAGCAUGUU